GUGUUCUCCUGUAAAGAGAAGCCCGAGGUUUGAGCCCAUGGAGAAGCGGGAAUAUUAAUCACCUGCUAGAACGUUCACUUGGGUCCGGAACAGACCACGAGCUCUAAAUAAAACACUCGGGGGCGUGUUCUAGAGAAACAAUCCACAGCAGGCCGGUGUGACGCGGCCGACACACACUGCAGUUCAUCCUGAAGAUGAUUAUUUUCCUACAACAGCACGUCUCCGUGUGGUUUAUUUCUCUUCUAGCGCUGCAGUUUACCAACUAUUCUAACAUUAUUAAAGAGAAACCGCUCACAGGUUCAUCAGCUUCUGUCACAUUUCAUGUGGAACAAGUGAAUCCACCCCUUCUGACCAAUCACAGUCCAGAACUCAGACACCUGCUACACAGGAGCUACAUUCCUGUAUCCACAGCGCGCGCGUGCGUGCGUGCAGGAAUCCAGGCGGUGCGAUGACGUCACCGGAAGUCCGGAAUCGAAAGUGGAGAGUGUGAGAGAGGAGCGGAGUGAAGAGCUUCUCCUGUUCAUUCACAGGGACGUGCAGGACGAGCGCUCGACAUAAACAGAUCUUUUAAAAACGUUUGUGAUUGUUGAUCUGCUAUAAACCAUCAUCUGUUUAUUGGAAUCCACUGAUGAUCACGCAUGUAGCUCCAUGCAGUCCUGCAGCGUUCACCACUGUGUCCUGCUCUUACUCACCCUCACAUUCACCACUGCUCCGGUAUUAUCUGCUGUCUGUUCUAAAACAGUGAAGCUUCAUCAGCCUGUGACUCUCUCAUGUGAAUAUAAAUGUUCUGGUUCAGUCAAAUGGUCUUUAUUUAAUAAUCGAGAUGUUGUCUUCGCUCGGUGUGAUGAGACGUCGUGCAGCUCACUGGUGAAGGGAUAUAAUAUGUCUUAUGAUCAGUACCAGGAUGGAGAUCUCUCUCUCACCAUCACUGCAGCUGAUUACAGAAUGAGGAACACGUACUCGUGUGAGUGUGGCGUCUCAGAAAUCUCUACUGUGCGCCUCAGCAUUGAGACCGUGUUCUCAGCAGUUCAGGUGAAGCAUGAUGGAGAUCUGAUCCUGGAUCUGACCGUACCAGAGCCAGUGGAGGUGAUUUAUACAAGCAGUGAUUCAGCUGAUGGUGAACGGAUCUGUAACGUGACUCAACACUCACUACAGUGUAAAGCUGAAUACACACACAGAACAUCACUCAGAUACCCAGAGCUCACACUGAGAGACGUGACGUACAGUGAUAGUGGACGUUACACCAUCCGGGACACGGAGAAUAAAGAAGACAUCCGUGUGUACUCCGUCUCUGUGACAGAUGAUCAGAGUGGAUUUCCAGUGUGGGGGAUUAUAGUGAUGGUGCUGAUUCUGCUGGCGGUGUUCACUGGAGUGUUCAUAUACCUAAAGAUGGCACCUCAUCAGGAGUUCUUAAAGUUGGGCAGGCAGCUGCAGUGUGUGGACAAGCUUGUAAAGCAGUCUCUACCCAGGCAAGAUCAGAGCAAUAAACAGUUCAUCAUGACCGGAGCAGCGCUGAAGAAGGCGGAGAAGGAGAUCGAUAAGCUGCAGCAGCAGUACACACACAGCAGUAAAUAUUCAGAACAGGUCUCAUUGUUCUGCCAGGCGAAGAGGUCCGAGCUCAACAAGUACCGAGUACAGUACCGCAGUGAUGAAGGACCUCUACUGACCGAGAGAGACGGGAUAAUAGGGAAGAUGGAGGAGGUGAUGAACAGCUUACAGCAGCUCAGAGGCGGAGCACGGCGAGAGCAGCAGGUCACGAGCUCCAGCAGCACAGCGAUGGACGAGAUGGAGAUCCGGGUGGAGAAACAUCUGGAGGAGGUCGAAAAGUGGUGUGGAGAGAGGAGGGUGGAGCUAAAUGACCUCAUACAGCAGCACAGAGGUGGAGCUGCGCGAGACCUUCGGCUGGUGGAAAUAAAAUCUUAGUGAUUUUACACGUGAAGAAGAAACGUGUUUAUUAUUAGUAGUAACUUCAUCAUUAAAACAUAACUCUAACAGUUCUAGGCAGUGAACCCUGACCAGUGUUGAUCAGUGAGACUCUCACGCUGCAGCUGCCUCAUACACAGCGGGUGCACUUACUUACGGUAUUCUAAUGAAAACGUUUAUCACGCCGCAUUCAUGUACACUUCACGUCCAAACACGGCGCUGUAGCUGCUAGGACGUGCUGCUCGAGUUAACACUCCAGUUCUCCACACUAACAUGUCGGAUGAGCCAAUCAGCACGUGAUUCUGUAAUGAUUGACAGCUGCGUGUGCUUCGAAUCCCGACAUCAUCAUCUCACACACACACACUACAUGUAGCAAACGUACCAUAUUAUAUUACCAUAUUAUUAAAAACACAAAGUGAGUGAGUUUUUAUCCUGAAAAUAUUAAGACACUGUAUAUUAUUUUACUGUUAAUGAUGUUUACAGUAAAUCUGCUGCUUUGUUUUGUUCUCCUGUGCUGCUUAAAGAUCAGACGUGUGAUCAGGAUUAGUGCAGUGCGCUAUACUGUUAGUGUUCAUAUUGUAUAUAAAACUCAUAUCAGUAUCUGUUCUGAUCUGAAGUGCUGACUACACACACACACACACACACACACACACACACACACACACACACACACACACACACACUACAGCGGUGGUCAAGUCUGCAUUUCCUCUCUCCUGAUUGCGUAAUUCAUUUCUCUGUUCACGUCUUUCAGAAAGUCACAGAAAGUGGAAUCUGUUGUUCUUUUGCUGUUUGAGUAAUAAGACGCUACGCUAACACCCGCUACGCCGUCUGAGCUGUUUACCUGAUGUUGUUUACCUCCUGCUUCUAAACCCAUCAAGGAUUCAGCCUCAUCGUGGAUUUGUGGUUUAAAAUAAAAUAGGUUCUGGUGUGAAUAGUCGCUUAUUUUCAUGAUGUUUUACAUUUUGUGACGCGGUUUACGUUCUCGUUCACGCUACCGUUUGUGUGUUUCGUGUUUAAGAAGAUGUACAUUUACCAAACUGCUUGUUGGGGUCUUUUGCUUGUGACCUGAUGGUCAGAGGUGUGUGUUUAAAAUGUGGUGAAUAAAUACAAUUUGAUUAGA